AUGGACGAGGCGAGCGGGAAGCCGUACUACUACCACUCGGGCACGAAGCAGUGCGUCUGGGACGAGCCCGAGGAGUACCGCAUCUACAAGGCGCGGGUCGCUGUCCGACUCCGCUUCAGUGACAACGUCGUGACCGCGUCGCCGACGAACAGCGAGCCGAUGGACAUGACGCCCGACGAGACGCCUAUCGAAGAGGCGCCAGCGACAGCGACCGCCAUCGAAGCGACAACGACGGAGACGGCCACGGAUGCAGCCGUCGCGGUGCCCACCGAGCCCACCGAGCCGACGACGGCGACGAACAAAGACGACGAAGAGGACGAUAUCGCCAAGUACGCCGCCAUGUCCAAGGCCGACCAAGUGGCUGCGUUCAAGGCGAUGCUCAAGACGCUGCCGAUCACGCCCAAGAUGAAGUGGGGCGACGCGCAGCGGCUCAUUGCGGACGAGCCUGCGUGGUAUGCCCUUCCGACAAAUGGCGAGAAGAAGCAAGCGUACUCGGAGUUUCUCACGCAGCUGACCAAGGAGCUCGAUCUUGCCCGGCGUCGCCAGCAAAAGGUCGCGCGCGAGGACUUUCUCAAACUGCUCGCGUCCUGCAAGAAGAUCUCGGUGCACACACGCUGGCACGAAGCGACGACGGACGACUUUGGUCUUAUCCACGACGACCGCUUCAAGGCCGUCGCCGACGACGACGAGCGCCGCGAGCUCUUUCUGACCUUUCUCGACGACAUGGCCCGCAGCGAGCGCGAGUACGCCCGUAAGAAGCGCGACGAGCACAAGGCGACGAUCCUCGCCUACUACGCGUCGCCCGAGCUCGCCAUCUCGGCCGAGUCGCGCUGGGUCGUGGUUCGCGACGUCGUCUUCAAAGACGAGACCAUCAUGGGGCUGGGCGUCGCGAAGCGGGAUCUCGAAGACUUUUUCUUCGAGUACCUCGACUCGCUCAAGAAGGCGGCGGCCGAGGCCCAGCGGCUGGCGCGCAUCAAGGCGCGGGAAACCGAAGAUGCGCUGGCGGCGGCCUUUCGCGCCUACCUGCAGGACGAGAUUGCGGCCAAGCGACUCACGCUCGAGAUGCGCUGGCGCGACUGCCUCGAGCGCUUCGAAGCCAACGAGUCGUUUGUGGCGCUGCGCAACGCCAACACGAUCCUCGCCCGCGACGUCUUUGAGAUGACCAUGGACAAGUGGCACGCAACGGUCCGGGACGAGCGGCAGUGGCUGCACACGCUGCUCGAGCGCAACGGCUUUCGCAUGCAGCACAAGACGACUCUGCGCGACUGCUUGGAACAGCUCCAGCACACGAUCGAGCCGCUCGUCGGCGACGACCCGCGCGGCCAGUUUUACUCGCGGCUCUUGGCCGAAGCCACCGUGCCCGAGAGCGUCCUCAACUGGUUCCACACGACGCAACGCGCCGAAGUCGAACGCGCCGAGCGGGUCGCGGCGGCAAAGAAGCAAAAGCUGGAUGCCUUCACCGACCUCCUCACGGAAUUUUUCUUCCGAUCGGAUCACUUGGACGUGCCCUGGGACGACGCGCGGCGUCUCCUCGAGGGCCGCAGCCGGUUCCGCGCGAUGGGCUCGGACGCCAAAGCCGCCUUUGACGCCUACAUGACGACGCUGCGUGCCAAGAUGCAGCAAGUGCUCAAGACGCGCAAACUCGUCGACGCCGAAGAGGGCGAGGUGCGUGCGAGCCGGUCGCGGGACCGCAAGCGACGCAAACGGUCGCGGUCGUCGUCGUCGUCGUCGACGUCGAGUCGGAGUCCGUCGUCGUCGAGUCGGAAGCGGCACAAGAAGAGCUCCAAGAAGAAAUCGAAAAAGCACUCGAAGAAGACCAAGAAGCGCAGUCGGUCGCGCAGCAAGCGCCGGUCGUCCUAG